AUGGAAGAAGCUGAAAAGCCAAAUAUUACAAAUGGAAUAAAUGAAAAUAAACAUUCAAUACCAAAUGAGUUAUCAACUGCACCAGAGGAAAAAUUUGCAAAAGGAUUCAUGUUAUGGGGUGGAAUUAGCAGUAAAGGUUUAAUUCCAGAAGUACCAUUAUUUAUUGAUGAAUUUCUCGAGCAGUAUGAAUGGAAACAAGGUAAUAAAAAGAUAAUAAAUGCCGGUCAAUAUACUGAUUUAUUAGAAGAAGUUAGUGUACCUGCAAUGCAACAAUUAUUUCCAGAUAACGAUUACAUUUUUGAAGAUGACACAUCUCGAAUUCACCAUACAGCAGCCGUUAAAAAAUUUGUAGAAGAAAAUAUACCUGAUCGUAUCGAUUUUGAUGAUCAAGCCGUGAAGAUGGAUGAUGUAUGGCCAAUAGAAAAUUUUUGGAGUAUCAUCCGACAAGAAUUAGAUGAAUAUGUAUUUAAUUCAUUCCAAGAUGUUAAACAAAAAAUUGUUGAUAUAUGGCAAAAUUUUAGUCAAGCAAAAUGUGAGAAAAUGAUGAAUAGUAUUCCAAAAAGAUUAAAGCGCCAUUGUUCAAAAACAAGGUCAGCGCAUCAGCAGAUUUGAUUAUUGACGUCUAUACUAAAUAUCAUACUAGCGAACUUAUACAUUAUUUAAAUCUAUUGGUGAAAAAAAUUUUUUUUAUUUUUCUCACAAAAUGUAAGGUCAAAAUACUCAUUCAAGAUUAGUAAAUUGCCCAUAAGAUUGUAAUAAAUUUAUGUAUUUCGAAUUAUUUUUUUUCAAAAGAUAGCUCUUGUUCUCCUCUAAAAAAUGCAUAUUUCGAUCAAUUAUAUACAUAAAGGUUUGUGAUAGAUAUCAUCGAUUUACUGAGAGGGGUCAAAACUUUUGGACCACCUUUUAUAGGACUAGUUUUAAGGAUCGCUUUUUAGAAAGAGAACCGUUUAUUUACAUAACAUUUUCUUUAGCGUCGAGUCGGUCCAUGCGGGCUUAAAUUAGUUGUGGGCCACUUUGGACCGGCCCGAACCAUGAAAAAGUGACCCGUUUCGACUCAUGGUUCCUAAUCUGCUUGUCUUCACGGUUUUUUCAGACAUUCCAAUAUCUAGCUAUGCACAAAAAACACCUUCAGUAUCUGUCCGAAUCAUAGAAAACACGAGUACAAAUCACCAAGCUUUUCCUACAAGUAUCGGAUAAUUAGGACCGAUUUCAAUAGCAUAUUAAUUGCUAUUCUUUUCAUUAAAUGCAUAAAUACCUGCAAAUAGUCUGCGUCGACGAGAAAAAGAUCACUAACCUCAACACUGUUUUCAUAAAUUUGACAAAACUUGCCAAUAUUCACUUUCAUUUUCAUAUCUUUAUACGUUUAGAUCCAAUCUAAAGCUUACAUAACCCAUACUUAAUUACUAGUUUCAUUUAAGGAUAGAAAAAUCCUCUGAAUACUGAUACACUAAAAGAGCUUACGAGAGAUACUGCAAUAUCAAACACUUACGUCUGGUUCUUGUAUUUAUUCGAUGCAUAUAGUAAAGAUAAAUAUAAUACGUUGGUAAUUUAUCGAUGUUAUUAAACAAAAAAAAAUGAAGGAAUAAUUUUGCUUAUGCAGAUAUCGAACAAUGUUUGGCUUGUAUGCAUUCAACCGUGUACGUUGGAUGAAGAAUAAUCAUAUAUUAUUGAGAGAGAAUGCUUUUUUUUUCUCCAUAAAAUAGUAUCAUUCUUUUGCUUGUCCUUUCACUUAUGGAUCAGAUAGCUUGAAUAAUGAAGAGAGAAAGUUAAUCGAUGGUUGAAAAAAUGUGCAUGAUAUCGCGACUUUAUUUUCAUUUUUCUUCCUGUCGUCGCAAGGAUAGGUAAAAUAUACAGGCUUCACAAGUAAAAGCACGUCAUUUUAUAUCAUGGAUACUGGUAAAAUUCACCCAAACGGUUCCCUCUGUCUACAAAUGAAGAUAUUGGUUUCUACUAUAUAGUACUUUUGAAAGUACUUCUUGUCCAUACAUGUAUGUCUUGUCAAAAAUUGACAUUCGGAUGAAUUAUUGUCCUCAGGCUCAUUUCUAAUACUCACAGAAACGGAGGAGUCGCUUUCAACAGCUGGUUUGGCGACCAUCAUCGUGUGUGUCAUUGUUUUGAUACAGAUUCCUUUUCCAGUCAUUAUUCUAAUUUAACUUGCAGUUCAAAUUAUCAUUCUACUACCCACAUGGGAGGGUGUGGGUGUGGAUGUGAAUGUAGAUAUAGAAGGAAAAGAAAAAGGGGACAAAUUAAAUGCUCAGUAUUUUUGUUGUAAAUGUGCAGUAAAGAAAUCAAAUGCUCAGUAAACUAAUAAAUUGAUCAGUAUUAAAAAUUCAAGUUUCAGUGAUCAAUUCAGUUUGCUGAUUAUAAAUGCUAGUUAGCGCAGCUCCAAAGGAGCUAAGAUGUAGAACUCACGUAUAUCCUUUAGACCUGUUAUCCCAAUAUGUCAUUUGCAAACUGAAAGAAUUCUGUUGAUUAAAAUGAUUCCUAUAACUCAUCACUGAUAUAAACGAUAUUAUAUUAUGUAUAUAUGUAAAGCUGCGAGUAUGCUUUUUCAUCUGAGUGCACCCGAUUUUUACUAUUAGCGUUGCUAUAUACUCGAUAAUAAUCAUUCUUUUGUUUUUUUUAACUUGAAAUUUUUUCAUCAUCGAAUAUUUCAUAAAUAUGAGUCUUACAGAAGUGCAUUUAAUAUGCAUUAGCCAUUCUUACAAUAUUUCUAUACAUCUCAAUUAAUUCGUCAAUAAUAAUAUUGUUUCCUUCUGCCACUAAUAAAAGAUUGAAUGAUGUUUCUCGUAUUGAUUACAUCAUUGGUACGACAUAUUAAUACUUAUUAUAAAUAUUCAUCGUUGAUUUUUAUUUUACAAGCUAAAAUUCUUUGAAAAGCCAAUUUUUAUACUAUUAAGAAUUAUGUUAAAUGUAUAUUAAUUUUUUCAAAUAAUUAUAAAAACAUCAUCA